AUGGCCGCCACAACUGAUACCAACGCGAAAGAGACUGUCGCCGCACUGAGAGAGAGUCUCUGCUCCGAGGCCACUCCUCUGCCCCUGCGUUUCCGUGCCCUAUUUUCCCUCAAGCAUGUUGCGAAAACUUCAGACGACCCCGCCACAGCUGUAGCGGCCAUCGAGGCCAUCGCGGCCGGCUUCAGUUCGCCCUCCGCGCUUUUGAAACACGAAUUAGCUUACUGUCUUGGACAGACUGCUAAUACUGCUUCUGUUAAGCCACUGCGCGCAGUUUUGGCUGACUUGAAGGAGGACCCAAUGUGCAGACACGAGGCGGCCGAGGCUCUCGGCGCUCUGGGCUGGGCUGACAAUUUGGACAUUCUUAAGGAAUACCGUGACCGCGCUGGAGAGGAUAUUUCCAUCAUCGAAACAUGCGAGAUUGCUAUUGAUCGCAUUGAAUGGGAGAACUCCAAGGCGAGACAGGAAGAGAACGACUUUGCCUCUGUCGACCCGGCCCCCCCGAUGCCAGAGUCUGGUAAAUCGGUCGAGGACCUUGGCCAGGACCUGAUGAACACGAAGCUACCACUUUUCCUCCGCUACCGAGCCAUGUUUGCUUUGCGCGACCUCGCCUCCCCGCCCGACCUGCCCACCGCUGUCCCCGCCGUCCUCGCCUUGGCAAAGGGCUUCGAGGAUAGCUCUGCCCUUUUCCGCCACGAGAUUGCCUUUGUCUUCGGCCAGCUGUCCCAUCCUGCUUCGAUUCCAGCUCUCACGGCUGCUUUGAGCAAUGUUGACGAGGCAAGCAUGGUGCGACACGAGGCUGCGGAGGCGCUGGGUAGUCUGGGCGAGGAGGAAGGUGUCGAGGAGACAUUGAAGAAGUUCCUGAAGGACAAGGAGCGAGUCGUCGUGGAGAGCGUCAUUGUGGCGCUCGACAUGGCAGAGUACGAGAAGAGCACGGAUACGGAGUAUGCGCUGAUUCCCGAGGUUGGAAGCGCUUCGGCAUGA